GUCCUCUCCAUCCUCUCCAAAGCUCUUUACUUUGCGCAUGUACAGCCAAACUGAACAUUGCAUCGACUUCAAGAUGGCGUUAACACGUCUGGCUUGCUUUCUGGUCCUCCUCUCAACUCACUACUUUUUCACGGUCUUGGCAGUGAUUCUGAGAACAACCGACAAAGCUCCGUGGGCCAACGAGUUUGAAUCGAUUGAGUUGUCCUGUUUAGUAGAAUCCAUCUCAACGAAAAACCCCAGAAUUGAGUGGAAGAAGAUCAAGAACGGAGAACCCAGUUAUGUUUACUUUGAGAAGAAGAUCUCAGGAGACUUGGAGAACCGAGCCAGGAUCCGGGAGCCGGCCACUUUGGUGAUCAUCAACACCACCAGGUCCGACACAGCGCAGUAUCGCUGUGAAGUCACCGCCACCAACGACCAGAAGUCUUUCGAUGAGAUUCUCAUCCAGCUGGUAGUCAGAGUUAAGCCCGUCGUGCCCAAAUGCAGUCUGCCAAAGUCCGUGCCGGUUGGAAAGUCAGCGGAGCUGGGCUGCGUGGAAGAUGAGGGCUUCCCCAAGUCUCAGUACCAGUGGUUCCACAACAACGAGGAGAUCCCCGAUGACCCCAAAACCAGCCCCAAGUUCUUCAACUCGUCCUACGUGCUCAACUCUGAAACAGGGACCCUGAAAUUCAGCGUUGUGAGGAAGGAGGAUGCAGGGCAGUAUUACUGCAGGGCGAAGAACGACGCAGGAUACUCCGAGUGCAGCGCACAGAUCAUGGAAGUCUACGACAUCAACAUAGCGGGGAUCGUCCUGGGGGUGCUGGUGGUGGUGGUGGUGCUGCUCUGCAUCACCGUGGGGAUCUGCUGUGCCUACAAGAGAGGAUACUUUGCCAGCCAGAAGCAGACAGGAAACAAUUACAAGGCCCCUGCCAAAGGAGACGGUGUGGACUACGUCAGGACAGAGGACGAGGGGGACUUUCGACACAAAUCUUCAUUUGUCAUAUGAAAGGGAAGAGAGUAGGGAAGUAUAAAGGCGUGGAGUCAGAGACAUGAUACUUGUGGCUGGAUUCUUCGUGUGAUCAGCUAGCUGCCACGUGCCUUGAUCUGGGCACGGCUGGAAUGAAAACUAAACCCUUACGUUUGCCAAAGUUGACAAGUUUUCACAUCUACAGUAAUCAGUACCCAGCCCACAUAAAGGUACUGAAAUCCACUUGUUUUGCAAAAUUAUGAUUUUCUUUUUACAGUUAUUGCACGUUUUAAAUGGUUAUUAACACUACCUGCUGGAAAGAAAAUAUUUACAAAAGAGAUUCUGCCUGGAUGAAAGUCUUUAUGUUUUGAAGUACAUCUAUCAUGACACAUUUUCCUGCAAACAUUUGCUUCAAACCUAUGGUAAUUUAUAUAACAUUUGUUUUCUACCAGCAAAAUUUGUCAGACUAUUUUUGAUGGAAUACUUUUUAAAAUGCCAAUAGAUAAAGGUUUACUUUUUUAAAUUUUUGUAAAAUACUAACAUGUUUUUAUUUGGUUUUUGGACAAGAAAUCUUUUAACAGUUCUAACCACUGUGUUCCAUUGUAAUCCUUCCCCUUUCCUGAUCAUCAAAUAUCUCACUAGCUCCUGAUCGACGGUCUUACAUGUUAUGGCAGAGAUGUUCAUGUUGAUAUUGAAAAAGAAAGUUCCAUGUUAAUGUUUGUGGAGUCUUAGACAGUAGGUUUAAAGAAUAGGAAGUGAUGCUGAGUGGACUGUUCACAAUCAGUGCAGCGCAUCCUUGAUAUGAAGUGUCCUUUUAUGCUUGCUAUUAAUCUUGUACAUAUAGAAUAUAGUGUCCAGUUUGAGGUUUGUACCGUCUAUCAGGAAUGCUUUCAGUAUUACAUUGUAAUUAAUACAGAGUUUGUGUUGGGUAACAAUUGUACUGACUGUAUAUAGAGAUCCCAUCCCAAGGCUAUGUACAGUGGUGAAAUAUUCUAAUGUCUAGCACAGAAGGCAGUAUGAAACUCUGUCCAUGGUUCAACAGACUGAUGGAUGUUCAUGGUAGAGAAGAUAUGCCCCGUUUUGGAACAUGGAGAUCUCAUCUUUCCUUCCCCCAAGCAUUUAUCACUCAAAUACGUUAUUUUAAAAAGUAUUUGUGAGCGUGACUACCAUCCUCAAAACACAAAGAACAGUUUCAGAUUCAUGCAGACGUAUAAAGUUAUUCAUCUCAUAGCAGGAACUGGUACUGAAGUUCACGUGUGUACAUUAGUUAAGAAAUCAUUCCUCUUAAGUGCCUUCUGCUACUACACCAGCCCAACUCCAACAUCACGACACAUCAGUACAGAUAUGUUCUAACUAGAACUGCAUUUUUAACUCCACAUGAACGGCGUUUGAGAGGAAUGAUGCUCAGUAUCGUCACGUAUCUACACUCCACAUAUCUGCAAUUUUGUAAAUAAGAAUGUUUUAAUUUCUUUUUCAUUGAUUUGAAGGAUUCAAUUUUAUUUUAUAAUUAUUUGUUUUCCAUUGGAUUAGAAAUAGAGAUGACAUAUGUAUUAGUGCCUAAAUAUAGUGGGAAUUAUUUUUGGUAAAGACACAUAGCACUAGUAUGCAAAGAGUAAAAAGAUUAUACAAGACACGCUAAAUGGUUUGAUGAAGAGCUGACUUUACCUUUCAGGCCAGAUAGUUCCACACGUGUAGAGCACUGUGCUGAUUGGACGGAAGACUAGCUCUGUCUUAUGCUUGGGACAAACUAGACCAAUCACUGACUCCCAACCAUGAGUUUCCACCAAUCCAAGGACAGCUAGGUUCCAGAGAUGUUUUGUUUCUGUGUGAGCGGGUGUGGAACAGGAUCGUUUAACUGAGAACAUGAUUUAUUGAACGAAGCUGAAGGUCAGCCUCAAGCCAAGUAAAGAAAAAAAAAAAAAGAAAUCUUGACAGUUCAUGUUUGUGAUUAAUAAAGCUCACUUCUAAUACAUA